ACUUGCUCCCUUACCUACUCAAGAAAACCUACGGCGCACAAACUCCUCACUUUCACCGCCAACUCCUCUACCUCUCAUAUCUCUCUCCCUCAGUCUCUCUCUCUCUCUCUCUCUACAUAGCUACUAGCUAUAUAAAAAGGGCCCAUACACGUAUAUGAUGAUGCGAAGAAUAGCCCCCAACAACUGAAAACUAGAACAGUAUAUAGGCAGUGGUCCAAUAUUCUUUCAUUUUGACCAUAAAUGGAGAUAAUGGAAUCAGGUGCUGUUGAUACACAACAUCAGGAAGAAGAGAAACAUCAGCAACAAAAGGAAGAAGAAGGAGAAGAGAAACAUAUGGAACAAAGGGAUCAGGAGGGGGAAGAAGAAGAGAAACAUUUUCAUGUCCUGGCAGUGGAUGAUAGUUUUAUUGACAGGAAGCUUUUAGAAAGGCUGCUUAAAGUAUCUUCAUACCAAGUGACAUUUGUGGACUCUGGGGAUAAGGCUUUGGAAUAUUUAGGUCUCCUUGAUAGCAUAGACAAUGUCAAUGCAACCUCUUCUUCUUCGUCGUCCCAAUCACCACAACAAGAGGGAAUGAAAGUAAAUUUGAUCAUGACUGAUUACUGCAUGCCUGGAAUGAGCGGUUAUGAUUUACUCAAACGAGUCAAGGGAUCUUAUUGGAAAGAUGUUCCAGUGGUGGUUAUGUCCUCAGAGAAUAUACCUUCCAGAAUUAGAAUGUGCUUGGAAGAAGGAGCAGAGGAGUUCUUAUUGAAGCCACUUCAAUUAUCAGAUGUUGAAAAACUUCAGACUCACCUUCUAAAGUCGCUUGACAAGUACUCUUCCAAAAGGAUUGAUGACAACAGUUUUAAUACUGACAGCAGCAACAUUACUGUUAGCAACAAGAGCAACAGCAACAAUAUUGUUAGCAAGAGGAAGGCAUUGUCUCCAGAGAUUGAGGACAGAAGACCUAAAAUGAAAGGAUUGGCUGUUGUAUAGGACAAUGGACUAAUAAUAUAAACAGAUAUAUGACCUAUUUUUGAUAAAUGGGUUGCUUAUAUAUCUAGCGUGCGGCAUGUAUCAUUACUCGGUGUUUUAUCGGAUAAUAUGAACAACAAGUUAUUAUACUGCUGAUCA